AUAUAAAAAGGUCCAAAGAUCUAGUUUAGGUAUAGUUGAAUUUAAUACAUCGCUAGAAAAUGUUCACCAAAGUAUUUGCCGUUGUUGCCUUUGCAGCUGUAGCUCAAGCUGGCUACGUCGACUAUGGGCAUGCUUCAGCUUAUUCUUCAGUAUCAGCCCCUGUAGCCUCAUACGCCGCUCCAUCCAUCCCUCUUCCUUACUCUCAAGGGCCCGCUUAUGACAGCAAAGACUACUACGCUCCUCCCAAGUACGAAUUCAACUACGGAGUUCAAGACCCCCAUACUGGAGACCACAAGAGUCAGCACGAGAUCCGUGAUGGAGAUGUCGUUAAGGGCUCUUACAGCGUAGCUGAAGCUGAUGGAACUUUGAGGACUGUCCACUACACUGCUGAUGACCACAAUGGAUUUAAUGCAGUAGUUGAAAGGUCUGGACACCCUGUUCAGCCUGCUCAUGUUCCAGCACCCGCUAAGCUCGUAGUAGCUGCUCCUGUUCAGUAUAAAUAUGCUGCACCUGCUGCACCCCAAUAUUACCACCACUAAAUAGCUGUGAUUGGGUGGUUUCACAUUGAAAAUACAGAUUUUGCCAUAAUAUUCCUCAAAUUUUGUAAGGAAGGUUUGAAGCAUGGAUUCUCUUAUUGUAGGUGUAGUUAAUUUAUUGCAAAUAAAAGUUUAAUUGAUAA